AUGGACGCGGUCCGAUGUGGCACAGUGGGACAUCUGUUUCGUCCAGAUAAUUAUGUGUUCGGAAGCACUGGGGCCGGGAACAACUGGGCAAAAGGACAUUAUACAGACGGGGCUGAACUGAUUGACAGUAUUGUGGAAGUUGUGCGCAAAGAGGCCGAGUUGUGCGAGUGUUUGCAAGGAUUCCAAGUGGUUCAUGCAUUGGGUGGAGGUACAGGGGCUGGAAUGGGUACAUUGUUGGUGGGGAAGAUCCGGGAGGAAUUUCCCGAUCGAAUUGUGUGCAGCUUCUCCACAGUUCCAUCGCCCAAAGUAAGCCUCUAUCAUUGA